AGCAUCUUGUGCAAACAAAAAGGCUGGUUGGCUGCGGCCGCGGCCGCCGCUCUGCUUUCCCCCUCCGGAAUCCUCCGGCGGCCGCUGAUGGAAAGGAGCAGGACUUUGUAAUGAGAAUUUCAAAGAUACGAUCUUGAUUUAAAAGUCCUGUAGUACAAGAUGUAGAACAACCUUUCCGUCUGUGAAGAUGCCUUCCGUAAGCAGAAGAGCAGCCUUUGCCAAACACAUCAAGCUCAGCCCUUGAAAAAGCCUGAUUGUUGAACAGAAUGGCAAAACCAUAUGAAUUUAACUGGCAGAAACCAGUUCCAUCCUUUCUACAAGACGGAGCUGUGUUUGACAGAUAUGAGGAGGAAUCUUUUGUCUUUGAACCAAGCUGUCUCUUCAAAGUGGAUGAAUUUGGAUUUUUUCUAACAUGGAAAAGUGAAGGAAAGGAAGGGCAAGUUUUAGAAUGCUCCCUAAUCAACAGUGUUCGUGUUGGAGCAGUACCAAAGGAUCCAAAAAUAUUAGCUGCUCUUGAGGCUGUUGGCAAAGCGGAAAAUGAACUGGAAGGACGUAUUGUGUGCAUCUGUAGCGACACGGAUCUGGUGAACAUCAGCUUCACAUACAUGGUGGCAGAAAGCACCGAAGAAGCAAAGCAAUGGAUUGAUGGGCUCAGAUCAAUCAUACGUAAUUUUAGAGCAAACAAUGUCUGUCCUAUGACAUGCCUCAAGAAACACUGGAUGAAGCUGGCAUUUCUGACUAACACUAAUGGCAAGAUUCCAGUUCGAAGCAUCACCCGAACUUUUGCAUCAGGUAAAACGGAAAAGGUGAUCUUUCAGGCACUUAAGGAAUUGGGUCUUCCCAGUGGAAAGAAUGAUGAAAUAGAACCUCCAGCAUUUACUUAUGAGAAAUUCUAUGAACUCACCCAGAAGAUCUGUCCUCGUACUGAUAUAGAGGAUCUUUUUAGGAAAAUCAAUGGAGACAAAACUGAUUAUUUAACGGUAGACCAAUUAGUGAGCUUUCUAAAUGAACAUCAACGAGAUCCUCGGCUGAAUGAAAUUUUAUUUCCAUUUUAUGAUCCUAAAAGAGCUAUGCAAAUAAUUGAGACAUAUGAGCCCGAUGAAGAUUUAAAAAGCAAAGGUCUCAUGUCAAGUGAUGGGUUUUGCCGGUACUUGAUGUCAGAUGAAAAUGCACCUGUCUUCCUAGACCGUUUAGAACUAUACCAAGAAAUGGAGCACCCUUUGGCUCAUUACUUCAUUAGCUCCUCUCACAACACCUAUCUCACAGGAAGACAGUUUGGUGGGAAGUCAUCUGUGGAGAUGUACAGACAAGUCCUCUUAGCUGGAUGCAGAUGUGUGGAACUCGAUUGCUGGGAUGGAAAAGGUGAAGACCAAGAACCAAUAAUAACACAUGGAAAGGCCAUGUGUACAGACAUUCUUUUCAAGGAUGUGAUUCAAGCCAUUAAGGAAACAGCAUUUGUAACAUCUGAGUAUCCUGUCAUCCUGUCAUUUGAAAACCACUGCAGCAAAUACCAACAAUACAAAAUGUCAAAAUAUUGUGAAGAUAUUUUUGGAGACCUUCUGUUAAAGCAGCCACUGGAAGGACAUCCACUUGAACCAGGAAGACCCUUGCCCUCUCCAAAUGACCUUAAGAGAAAGAUCCUUAUUAAAAACAAACGGUUGAAACCUGAAGUGGAAAAAAAGCAGCUCGAAGCCUUGAAAAGCAUGAUGGAAGCUGGUGAAACGGCUGCUCCGGUCAGCAUCCUGGAAGACGACAAUGAAGAAGAGAUAGAAAGUGCUGACCAAGAAGAAGAAGCCCAUCCGGAGUACAAAUUUGGAAGCGAGCUCUCUGCAGAUGACCUGAGCCAAAAGGAAUCUGUAGCCAUCAAUGUGAAAAAGGCUGUGGACGAUUCUGAACAAGAAAACAAUAAAAAGGGUGUAAUAACGGCAGAAGACGAGCAAGCAUGGAUGGCUUCUUAUAAGUAUGUAGGAGCUACAACCAAUAUACACCCAUACUUAUCCACGUUGAUCAACUAUGCUCAGCCUGUUAAGUUUCAAGGCUUCCAUGUAGCAGAAGAACGCAACAUUCAUUACAAUAUGUCCUCUUUUAAUGAGUCUGUCGGCCUGGGCUAUUUGAAAACACAUGCAAUUGAGUUUGUGAACUAUAAUAAACGGCAAAUGAGUCGGAUAUAUCCAAAGGGAGGCAGAGUAGAUUCCAGCAAUUACAUGCCUCAAAUUUUCUGGAACGCUGGAUGCCAGAUGGUCUCGCUCAACUAUCAGACCCCAGAUUUAGCAAUGCAGUUGAAUCAGGGGAAAUUUGAAUAUAAUGGGUCAUGCGGGUAUCUUCUUAAACCAGAUUUCAUGCGGAGACCUGACCGAACGUUUGACCCUUUCUCUGAAACACCUGUAGAUGGUGUGAUUGCAGCAACGUGUUCAGUUCAGGUAAUAUCUGGCCAGUUUUUAUCAGACAAAAAAAUUGGAACAUAUGUAGAAGUGGAUAUGUAUGGCCUUCCCACUGACACCAUACGUAAAGAAUUUCGAACACGGAUGGUGAUGAACAAUGGUUUGAAUCCUGUUUACAAUGAAGAAGCAUUCGUAUUCCGAAAGGUUAUUCUACCAGACCUUGCAGUCCUGAGAAUAGCCGUUUAUGAUGACAACAACAAACUGAUCGGCCAAAGGAUAUUGCCUCUAGAUGGUCUACAGGCAGGUUACAGACACAUUUCCCUUCGAAAUGAAGGCAACAAACCAUUAUCGCUGCCAACAGUCUUCUGCAACAUUGUCCUCAAAACAUAUGUGCCUGAUGGGUUUGGAGACAUUGUGGAUGCCUUGUCAGAUCCAAAGAAAUUUUUAUCCGUUAUGGAAAAAAGAGCAGACCAGAUGAGAGCAAUGGGGAUUGAAACCAGCGAUAUAGCUGAUGUUCCAAAUGAUACUUCAAAGAAUGACAAGAAGGGCAAAGCUAAUAAUCCCAAAGCAAAUGUUACUCCUCAGACUAGCUCAGAACUUCGACCAAAUGCCACUUCUGGUGUGGGACCUGGAAUGGAAGCGAAGAAAGGUAUAGAUCUUAUCCCUCAAAUCAAGAUUGAGGAUUUAAAACAAAUGAAGGCAUAUAUAAAGCAUUUGAAAAAGCAGCAGAAAGAACUGAAUGCUUUGAAGAAGAGGCAUGCAAAGGAACACUGUAUUAUGCAGAAGCUACACUGCACACAAGUUGACAAAAUAGUAGCACAAUACGACAAAGAGAAGUUAGCGUAUGAGAAAACCCUCGAGAAGGCAAUCAAGAAAAAGGGUGGAAAUAAUUGCCUUGAGAUGAAAAAGGAAAUAGAAAACAAAAUUCAGAUAUUAACAUCAGAUCACAAAUCUAAGGUAAAAGAAAUUGUGGCGCAGCACACAAAGGAGUGGUCUGAGAUGAUCAACACACACAGUGCCGAAGAGCAAGAAAUACGUGAUGUGCAUCUGAGUCAGCAGUGCGAGUUGCUGAAGAAGCUGCUGAUCAACGCCCAUGAGCAGCAGACUCAGCAGCUAAAGCUGUCUCAUGACAGAGAAAGCAAAGAAAUGCGUGCCAACCAAGCAAAAAUUUCUAUGGAGAACAGUAAAGCCAUAAGCCAAGACAAGUCUAUCAAAAACAAAGCUGAAAGGGAGAGGCGUGUCAGGGAACUGAACAGCAGCAAUACCAAGAAGUUUCUGGAAGAGAGGAAGCGGUUGGCAAUGAAGCAAUCAAAGGAAAUGGACCAGCUGAAGAAGGUUCAACUUGAGCAUCUAGAAAUUCUGGAGAAACAAAAUGAACAGCUUUUGAAAUCCUGUCAUGCAGUCUCUCAAACUCAAGGCAAAGGAGAUGCAACAGAUGGUGAAGCUAGAAGCAGAGAUGGACCGCAGGCCAGCAACAGUGGUGUAAAGCUUCAACACGCAAACUGAAGUCUGAAACCCAGUAUUUUUUUGUAUUUCCAAAGGUAACUCACUGAGGAGUGGAGCCACCAGCCUCCGACGGGAUGGUGGUGCGUGUCUCUUCCACUUAGUGUCAAGUGUAGCUACGAAUCACUGAUAAAAGCUUGGAAUAUUUUGUAACAUUCAGAGUACUGUAUUUUAUUUUUGUCACAAUGGACCAUGGUUAUAAACAAACAUGUGAUUUGAAAAUCCUGUCCAGUUCAGAAAGCUGCUCUCCUUUUAAUGAGAUGUGUCUUUAUUGGGAUUACAGAAUGAGACCAGUCUAAUUCCAGAACGUGCUCUUUUUGUUCUUAAAUAAUCUGCACCUUCCUGUAAACAAUAAAACUUGCUUGGAUUAGUAUUUUUGUUACACUUUGCCUGGGCAUCCUUGGCUUUUGACAGCCAGGCAGGUGUCCCUGUAACUUCCCGGGAAACACUCUGCAUCUCUUUUUUAAUUAGACACUGUCCAUAAGUAUCUUUCUAGGAGAAAUCUGUCUUUUAACUUCUUGGUCAGUUUUGUCAUGAGGACACGCUGGAAAUACCGCAAAUUUAAAGCACGUUGAAAUUGCACAAGUGAGACCUGCAACAGAAUGUCGCAGUGCAGAAGUCUCCCUUCUCGGGAUUCCUGCCAUGCCAUUGUUCCCCCAACAGUCAGACUUCCAUGACCGCAGGGUAUGUGAGUUGUGAGGGUUUUUUCCUAAGGACUUCUGCAAGCCCGCUGAUGCUUCCCCCUUGUGCCUCGUCGAUGCCAUUCUGGCUACCUGAGGACUGGCACUUGGAGAAUCAAGACCAUGGUUAAUAUGUAUGAUAUCAAAAAGUAAUCUCUAGAAAAUCAGUACUCUGAUUAAGCAGGCAGUACGAAACCUAUGUCUGUAUUUCUGCAUUCAGACCUAUGUCACUGGCAAGUGUCAUUUUCCAGUUGGCCUUGACUUGACUGAAACUGGCAUUUUGUAAGAUGCUGCUGGAAGGAUCGUCAAGUGGCAGGAGGCGGUCUUGGUGCCAAAGCUGCUCAUGGUAAACUGUCAAGGAAUUGUAUUAUAGGCACUUUAACCGAUGUUUACAUACUACUUACCGGUAGCAUUUUGAUCCAGUUGUUACCAGUCCCAUACACUGCAGUUCGCUGUAUCUUCUAAUUUGUUAGAUAGCUGUUGGGAGAGAAGGGGAGAGUUGGUAGCUGUGACACUGUAAAGUAUUUAUACACAUGCAAUCACAAUCUUGUAGAUGAUCACAUUCCUAUGGCAACAUCAGCAACAAGAAUAAAGCAACAUUCUGUUUGCAUGUGGUACAAACACCAAGUCCAACUUCAGUGAAUAUUGUAUGACUGCACAGUCAUUUUCCUGGUAAAUAAAUACAGAGUCUGUGUAUGAUACAGAAUAUUUGAUUAUAUGUAUACUUAUAUAUAUAUGUGUAUAUGAAUUAUGUGGGCAUUCUUACUAUUUCAAGUUCUAGUUGAAAAGGAAAUAUGUUAAUUUAAUUUUACACAAUAUAUUUAUGCAGAUUUUCAGACUUUCAUAUCAGGAACAACCCUUUUUAUGUCUGUUAGAUAUCCAAACAAUUUGCUACAGUAUUAAUGUGCAUGUUCUUAAAACCUGCUGUAGUUACAACGCAGAACAGUGCAUGCCAGCCACCUUCUCGGAGUUGUCUGUGCUCCCGCCACCGAAGAGACUGUGGGGAACUGGUAGUUUAGAACAAAUCAGACAGCUGAUUCCAACAAUGCUCAGUACCAAUCAUGUUGUUGUAUAUGCUUGUACAAACUGAUUCUACAUAUUCCUAUAAAUGACAUCAAAUAAAGAAAUAAUUAUGUAA